GCCUUGGUUAUUUGCCCGUUGCAAAUCGAAUCGCCGUUUCGACGCUAAAGGAGCUCAACCGACCGCGCCGUCUACAAAUUACGCUGAUCCAGAAACCGGGGAGUACUCGGUGAAAUUCUCCGUGCUUCGGAUGCCCCGUAUAACAGACAUUAGAGGCGACCGUACACACGGCGGCGCCUAAAAGCGGCGCGCAAUUUGUCUUAGAAACAUUGGACGGCUGACUGGCGAACGGGGCUGUUCGCCGGCUGAACGGGACAUUUCAUAUUCGCCCGGAAUUUCCAAAUGAAACGUCCCUACCCGAUUCCGAGGCAAAUCUUGUACACCGAUACGACACACGCUGCGUUCGGUUCCACGAAUACCGGGCGCGAAGGGCCGGAACUGCCCCAGGAGUUUCAUUUCGCCGAUACCAUCUUGACGAGACAAAGCAGCGGGGCGGUAGGGAACGCCGAGGAGCAAGAAGGAACGAGCGGCGGCUGUUCCCCGAGGAUGUCGACGGGGACGAUAACGAUGACGAUGACGACAGCGCUGGCAACGCCGACGUCGACGAUGACAGUUACGUCAGUACCGCUGCCGUUCCUGCCCGCGGAAUCCCAUCCAUCGAUAUCGUCAGCGGCCGACUCGCAGCAGCUCGGCGCACAGCAAGAUGGUCAGUACCGUGGUGUGACCGCCGCGACCGCCAUGUUUUCGGCCGCCUCUUCGUCCGCGGACGCCAGCAAGCUGUCGACGAACGUCCUCUUUUCCCUGCCCGUAUCGCCGAAAAGACCUGCACCGGUCUCGUCGAAUAUAACGAAAUCACAGAUGAAAGAAUUCAGGGAGGCUUUCAAGCUGUUCGACAAGGAUGGCGACGGAAGUAUCACGAAGGAGGAGUUGGGCAGGGUGAUGCGCUCUCUCGGGCAGUUCGCGAGGGCCGAGGAACUUCACACCAUGCUGGAAGAGAUCGACAUCGACGGGGACGGGAAUGUCAGCUUCGAGGAGUUCGUGGAGAUCGUGAGCAACAUCGGCGCGAACGAGACCGCUUCACCCAAUCAGGAUCAGGAAGAGAAGGAGCUGAGGGAUGCGUUUCGAGUGUUCGACAAGCGUAAUCGCGGAUACAUUACCGCGUCCGACCUGCGAGCUGUCCUGCAGUGCCUCGGGGAGGACCUGUCCGAGGAGGAAAUCGAGGAUAUGAUCAAGGAAGUGGACGUGGACGGGGACGGACGGAUCGAUUUCUACGAGUUCGCGCACGCGCUCGGCGAGCCAGGCAUCGACGACGACGAAGAGGACGAGGACGAGGAGGUGCAGUCCCCGGGCUACUAGAAUUUUACCUAUUCUCGUCUCUGUGUUAGAUAGAACGAAUUAACGAUGAGCCGACGGCGACGAACGGCCGUCCGUUCACCGUUUCCUCCUCUGACAUUCACCGUCGCGAGCGCAGCGGACGAAGAUACUCAUCCUGGCCGGCAACUCGAAUUCCCGGAUCCGCCGUUGCACGCGUGAACAGACGGAAAUGGGAGCGAGGGAACCGGGAAUACUCGGAAUUCGCGGUGACGCGGAAAAUGGUUGCGCGUCCCGGCAACAGGGCGCGCCACCCUAUGACACCGCGGCGAGGUCACGGCGCGCGACUGUCUGUUCCUUCUUUUUAAAGCUCUAUUUUGGCUAAACCGCGACUUCGGUAAAUGUCAGAGGACCGUUUUCGACAAGCCCUAAUUCUCACCUACCGUAACGUCUGCAUAGAUACAAUGCCCGCUGCGAUUCUAUGUUACCCGACGUCGACGCUUCGAACACGGAGACUGUACUUCGCGAGCGAGUCUUUCGAAUUUCCUCCGAGACACCGAAUCAGGAAAAUUUGAUCUUUAUAUCACCCGGCAGUAGUUCUUAGAACAGAUACAGAUGUUGUUAAAGAAUAUUUAUCACAUGAAAAUUCGUGGAACUAUCGUCGACCAUAAAUAUGUCUCCGUUCUCCUAACGGAGCUUCCUCCGUUGGUCCACAAAAUCUUAAAUAAAAGAUGGAGAAAGUUUACCAGCCUCCGGGCGGUCCGCUACACCGUGUCCGAUGAAUAAUACAAAUUUGACCUCUCGCGCGUGAUUGCAUGCGCUCGCGGAACGACGCGACGUCGGGUCUCCUCGCGUAACGUAAUGUCUCAGCCGGCGAGGCGUCUAUCUUCCUUUCUUAACUCUGCAGAAAAGUAUCUACCGAUAAAUCUUCGUGAACCGUUCUCAAUGGCUUACGUGGUGUAAGGAGCGAGUAAUCGGCGAGAGGGCAGAGGGGACGGAGGAGGAAGUAAUUAACGAGCGAAACGAUUCGGUACUCGCCGACGAACGAUUCGCCAGCGAAUCGAUCGGUCUCGAACGUCAGCGUUGGAUCGUCUCGUUCAUGGGACAUUGUUCCCCUUCCUACCGAUUUGUCCCUUGUUCGCUCUCGCCGCGACUCCUCGUCUUGAUCUCUCGAUGUACACGCGACACGAUCGUAACCGAUUUUCUUCUAAGAUAUGUGGAUUUUUGCGAUUUUUCUCUCGUCUCUAAUUAUAGAAACAAAAAGCAUUGUUAUCCACCUAAAGCGUAACCGUAAGAACCGUAAACAGAAGCACCGCAGCAAAGGAAUUCCGGAUCGAUCGACAACGGACGCGACGCCGGACGAUCGAUCGACGAGGGCGGACUGGAUGCCUCGCACGAACCGGACGACGAUCGUCGACGAUCGGAUGCGAACGACGCUACCGUUCGCGCCUCGGGAUACACGUUCCCCGAUGGAAUGGCCGUCGGACGUCCUCUCCCGCCCCAGAAACCCCUAUUUUGUCAGCCGACUCUAGGCCCGGGAACGCGGACGACCGCGCGACCUCGUCGGGGGCCUCGUUCGCGGGGGCGUUGAAGUGGAAAUUUUAAAUCGAUCUUGAUCGCUUCGCUCUCCUCGAGCUUCGUACUUGUGUACCUUAUUAAACGAUACUUCACUGUUACGCCAAAUAACAAAAAGCCGCACGCUGUUUCAAGAAUAUUUUAAAGGGUCUAAUAAAUCUAAUAAACUAACGUUUCUCCGUGGUACCCGCGCUUACGAUCUCCCCGAUCCGUCCCGAUCCUCGGAGCAGAAUUAUCAAUGUGAACUGUACUGCUUGGACGCACUCAGUCAACCGCCGCUAAUCGAUUUUACGCGUUCGUAGCUUACAAAGAAGAAUAAUA